UGAAGUGCUGGAGCACAACAAAAUGUGCAUGCAGCAGACGCUUGAAGUCAAUAAUUUUUGCUCACUGACUGAUACCCGUCAAUUUCGUUGAAAGCUGGAUAAUAAUUUUGCAUCAAACAAAUGGGGUCAUGCAAACUUCUGGAGAAUAUGAACAUGACAUUUGGGAAGUGAUUUGCAGACAUAAUAUCAAGUUUGUACGGAAUGGGUUCCUUUGCAUAACCUCAUUUCAGUUUAUGCAUCAGACAAAAUAACAUAGAAAAGCUCAAAUGGAGACAUUUACAUUGCAUGAUAUGCUCAAAAACUCCACUAAUCUUUAUAAGAUAUUAUGUGACUUUGGAAUCAAGAAUGUGUCGGAGUGCGACGAUGAAAGCCAGACGCGGCCGGAACCGAAAGAUUUGAACCAGACGGUGCGCAUCUUCCUCUACUGCCUCAUCUUCCUGGUCAGCGUGCUGGGUAACAGCCUGAUCAUCGCUGUGCUGGUGAGGAACCGCCACAUGCGCACAGUCACCAACCUGUUCCUGCUCUCCCUGGCCGCCAGCGACCUGAUGCUCUGCCUCUUCUGCAUGCCCUUCACCCUCAUCCCCAACCUCAUGAGGGACUUUGUGUUCGGCUCGGGCAUCUGCAAGGUGGCCAUGUACUUCAUGGGUAUCUCGGUGAGUGUCUCUACCUUCAACCUGGUGGCCAUUUCUCUGGAGCGCUACAGUGCAAUCUGUAACCCUUUGACCUCCCGUACCUGGCAAACCAAGUCCCACGCUGCCAAGGUCAUCUCUGCCACCUGGGUGGUGAGCUUCCUGCUCAUGCUGCCCUACCCCAUCUCCAGCACUCUGGUGCCCUUCACCCGGGUUAACAACAGCACAGGCAACAUGUGCCGCCUGGUCUGGCCCAGUGAUGUCAUCCAGCAGUCCUGGUACGUGUCCCUGCUGCUGCUCCUCUUCCUGGUCCCUGGGGUCGUGAUGAUGACAGCCUAUGGGCUCAUCUCCCUUGAGCUCUACAGGGGCAUUAAGUUUGAGAUGACCAACAGGAAGUCCAGCAGAGACAGACAGUGCAGCACGGGCAGCAUCAAACCCAGCGACAACGACGGCUGCUACCUCCAGCCUGCCAAGAAGGGCGAGCUUGCCCACCUCCAGAGCCCUCUGUCGACCCACAGCCCUAAUGUGACCAUCAAAAUCAGAGACAGCACGGGCAGCGCUAAGUCCACGCUGAGCCGUGUGUGCAGCAACAGCUCCACCUCUAACCUGAUGGCUAAGAAGCGCGUGAUCCGCAUGCUCCUGGUCAUCGUCUGUCUCUUCUUGCUCUGCUGGACACCCGUGUUUGCAGCUAAUGCCUGGAGGGCCUUCGACCGCCGCUCUGCCGACAAGCUCCUAUCGGGGGCGCCGAUAUCCUUCAUCCACCUGUUGUCGUACACCUCGGCUUGUGUCAACCCCAUUAUAUACUGCUUCAUGAAUAACCGUUUCCGCCAAGGGAUUCUGUCCACCUUCACCUGCUGUAGCUGCCCCAAGGGCGGUGGGGUCAGGAGGGGGGCUGGGAGUAGGAUCGGGACAGGGACAGAGGGGGAGGAAGAGGAGGGAUGAGGAGCGCAGAGAACGGGCACACGCCAUCCAGUGGUAAUAGCACGCGCUUCACAUACAGUAGUAUCCGUGGCUCCGCUCAGGCAUAGC